UUUUACAUGACCAGCGUGAGACGUGGAGCCUCCCUCGUUGAGGAGACGUUCUUAAAGCUUUUGACUGGGCUUUUCCUUCUGGGAGGAGGGUCUUUACAGGUAUCGGCCUUCUCUAUAGCAGGUAAAAGUUGCUGCCUGUCUUGUCAAGCCUAGAUGUUUUAGACCAUUGGUCAUUACAGUACUGCGUGCAGAAAGCGUUUUUGUGACAGACCUGAGCACUGUUUUGCAAAGUAGCCAAGAGUCCUCCUGAGUGAGGCUUUCAUUGACUGCUUAUCUAGAGUGGAGGAAUUGUAUCUUUCCAUUGGCUGCUGAGCUGCCUUGAAGAGGCUGAGAUGUGACUCUUUGCCUCUCCUUUUAAUUCCUUGCCUCAGCCAACAAGGUUUGAAGAAAUACGUUGAUUUGAGGCACUGAUUGUGACAGCAGGACCUUGUAUUCUUCUUUGACCCAAAUCUGAUAACUUUAGCAAAAGAAUGCAAAGUUGUAGACUUGAGGAUGGGGAAAAAAAAAUGACAGGGUUCGGAAAUCAGUAGGAGUCAGAGAUGAUUCUUUGCUUGUAGGUGUACUUGCUACCUUGUCUCUUUUAACUAUGUCUAGUUCAUGGCUGUUGCUGUGAUGUGUCUCCUUUGGGCUGUAGGGCUCUGCUGCUGUGGAAGAAAAAUGCAUUCUAAAUGCAGAUGAGCUAGAAUAAAAUAAAAAUCAUAACAGUAUUGGAUUAUAUCAAGUAAGUACAGCUUUUUGUAGCCUGAUGGCACCUGUAAAAACCUUGGACAGGAGUGGAGUGAUACUUUGCUCAAAUAAAUGCUGUGCCUGAUUCUUAUGUUGGUUUAGGUCUGCUGAGAAUAGUGGCAGAGGUUGGUAGUAUAUGCCUCAGAAGCUUAAAUGCUGCUUCUGGCAAGCGUUGGAAGAGUAUUAGAGGCCUCAGUUUCUCUGUAAAGUAAAUGCCAUUCUCUGUGAUACGCUGGUGUUGUGUUAAUUGGUGAUUGGGGUCCCUUACUGCCCUAACUGGCAUUCCUUCUCAGGCUUACACUUGGGCUGAAGUUGGUUAAUCCAAAAGUGUAUCUUGGCACUUGAAGCAGUCUGUGGCUUUAUUGCCUUCUGUGAUUUUGUGUCUUCUUUUAGUCUGACUUAGACCACUGGUCCGAGCUGCAUUUGUAAAACUUCCUGCAGCACUGACGGGCUUUUCAAACAGUAUCCAUGGAAAGUCCAGAGCGUGACAGAAAACUAUGUAUUGAGACUUUUAGUGCAGACAGGGGAUACAACAGCAGACAGUAGUGUAUUCACUUAAUAAUCACUAUGUUCUGGUGUGUGCAGGUGCUUGUGGUCCUUUGACAGCAUUUCUGAUCCCUUACAUGUGUUCCUAGGGCAAUACCCUCAGCAGGUUGUGUGUGUCGGCUAGAUGGUGGUCCCUCUAGGCAAACAGUUUGUGUGUGGUUAGCUUUCAAGUAGCCAGCUGCAAGACUGGAGAUAACCAGACCAUAGGAUGCGGGGGUUAGUGCUGAUCAUCAGUAGUGUGUUAUUUUUCUUGUGUGUUUUCUCUGAGCUCUGGUAGGUAAGAAUUACUCCUUAUGAUGGCCAGGUGAGUGGUGCCACUGGGCUUAGAUGGAUUGCAGGGGGCAUGGAAAAAGGUACCAUUAGAAAGCAAACUAUUUUCACUACAUUCUGUCUGUCUGCAAGUCCCAUAGGUAUUUAAGCAAUUUCUAGCUUGUUGGACUGCAGAUGGACCAAGUCAAAGGCCUUGGUUGUAUUAAAUUUCUAGACCCAGUUAGAACAUGGAAAGAACACAUUUAAGGCUUUUAACUAUUUUUGCAUCAAACUAAUGCCCACCUCUGUGUUACCAUCUUGUAACUCUUUACAUUUGGGUGGCCUCUAGAUCCACAUGGAGGAAGGAGUGACUUUGAGGAAAUGGUUCCUGGAACAAAAUCUAACCUCUUUAGACAAUGACUGCAUAGUUGGCUUUUGCCUGACAGUUCCCCAGACAAAUGAAGGCAGUUUCAAGGCCUCCUAUAAUUUUUGAUUAACUUUUUUAAUAUGCAGAGACUUGGACAAGCUUAUGUACAUCCCUGUGUGGAAGAGGCUUAUUGCAGAAAGAUGAGCAGCGCGCUUUGCUUAUAACUGGAUGUUUUGUGUCUUAAUCCUAACAUCAUCCUCAUUUGGGCUUUGAAGCCUGUGAUGAUAGGGCAUGAAACACUUGGCUUCUGAUGCAUGUGGUGCUACUCAUGCAUAUCAAAGAGGGACCUAUCAACUGAAGUACGACUAUUGGAGCCCCUGUUGUGGCAGAAAGCUCCAUAAAUAAACAGCAAGUAGGUGUGUGCUUAUGCUAGGAGUGCACAAAAAAAGGAGCUGUCUGCAGGAGUUGCAACUUUUGCUGUGCAGUUGCAAGGGAACUGGGCUGAAAGGGAGUGAUUCUGCAUUCUCAGCAUCAGUCAGAACCGCAAUGACAUCCCAGGUGUUUUUGUGUUAAGUCCUUCUCCGACAGUAGCAAGGCACCGUAGCAGGGUGCUCCCUUCCCUUCCUGCCCUGAAGUAGCCUUUGCUAGUGGCUGUGUUCCACAGAUCUCCUUGACAGCAUUGGUAGAGAAGUUGGGCAUUUUUCCUGUGUGCUGGGGGAGGGUUUUAUUGUUCAGAGGGUACAGGGAAGUUCCCCUUGCUGCUGCUGCUUGUGCCAUAUGCAGGCUUGGUGUAAAUGGAAGUUGUUGUUCUGGGACUCUUGAGCUGACAGCUUUCAUUAAGGUCAGUGUUUUGAGAUGUCUGAAAUCGAGCAACUAACUCGUGAUGUUGGCAUUGGAUGAAGAGGUCUGGUUCCUCAGUCAUGAAGUGCUGAAGUGAAAGGAGUCCCUGGAAGCCUUGAAAACUCUGAAAAUCCACUUUGUUUUGGUGCUUCUGUGGCUUUGCAAAUCCAAGGCCGUGUUGUUGGCAUUCUGGCAGUGAUGCGCUUGUUGGCUGACUUUUUGCUGGAUGGAUGCCAUUCUGCUCCCAGCUGGCUGGCAGACCAGGCGUUGGCUUGCCUAGUAGCGUGUUGUUUGGCAAUGAAGAAAAAGGUUCCAUAUGAACAGCACGCAGGGCCAGGCUGCAAGAGCAAGAAGGCAGGAUGUUGCCGAGACCGAAGCCUGGAGAGUCUGAGGCAGACCUGCUGCACUUCCAAAACCAGUUCCUGGCAGCCAGAGCUUCACCUGCAGUAAAGAUUGUGAAGAAAGCAGACAAGAGGAAAGGGGAGAAAGGGAGCACAGAUGCCGAGAGACCCCUGCUGCAAGACAGCAAGGAUGUAGUCAUGCUGGAUGAUUUUCCUGAUACUCUCCCAGCUCUAACUCCAGCUCCUCCAAAAAAGUCCAAGAUCAAAAGUGCCUGUGUCCACUUUGAGGAUGAAGAUCCAGAGGAAAGACUGGAGAGUCACGAUCAACACAUUACAGCAGUCUUCAGCAAAAUUAUUGAACGAGACACGAGUGCAGUAGCAGUGACCAUGCCAGUGCCCACAGGAGACCCAUUUCCAAGGACAUUUCACCGCUCUGAGAUAAAAAGUGAGGUGAAGGUGGGAUCUGGAAGAAAAAGCAUCUUUGCACAAAAGAUGGCAUCGAGAAGAGCUGCUGAAAAGGCAGCAACGGCUCCCUCUGCUGCCGAGUGCGUGCAAAUAAGAUCGGAUGCCCUGGAUCCUGAGGGAUCAGCAGGAGAGGCACCUCUCGCCAGCAUCAGGGGCGAUAAAGCUGGUGACUUUUUGACCUCUCAGCGGCCUUGUCUCAUAACGGGAGAGGGUCUUGGAAGCCAAAAGAGUGAGCAGGAGGCUCAAGCCAUUCACAAAGAGAACUUGGAGAAGCUGCAGUCCAUGUCUGAGGAAGAGAUCCUGCAGGAGCAGGAAAGGCUUCUGGCUCAGCUGGAUUCCAGUUUAGUUGCUUUCUUAAAGUCACGACAUGGUGGCAAUGAAGGCCAGAAAAAGGAAUUAAAAAUGGAACGGAACAGACCGGAGGAGUUUGUGGAAUCUCUGCCUGUGGCUCGGUAUGGUGUAGGAUCAUCUCUUUCCACGCAGGAGUCAGGUCUGGAAGAAUCUGUAAGGAAGGAAGAAAAUAUGAAGGUAAAAUUCACAGAUGAUGAUCUGCCUGUGAAGCCCAAGAAGGAAUGGAUACACAUGGACAAUGUGGAGUUUGAGAAGCUGGAAUGGAUGAAAGAUUUGCCCUCACCCCGGCAGAAGAAAACCAAGAAGGGAAUGCAAGCUCGAUUCAGUUUAAAAGGAGAAUUGAUUCCUGCAGAUGCUGAUUUACCGACACAUCUAGGCCUGCAUCACCAUGGAGAAGAGGCAGAGAGAGCUGGUUAUUCUCUCCAAGAGCUCUUUCAUUUGUCUCGCAGCCAAGUUACUCAACAGAGGACACUGGCUCUACAGGUCUUGGGUCGUAUUGUUCAAAAGGCCAGGGCUGGAGAGUUUGCUUCCUCUUUGAAGGGCAGCAUUCUGCGUCUGCUGCUUGAUGCUGGGUUUCUCUUCUUGCUGCGCUUCUCACUGGAUGAUGCAGUGGAUAAUGUCAUGGCAGCAUCUGUUGGUGCUCUUCGGGCUCUGCUGGUGUCACUCGAUGAUGAGAAAUAUCUUGAUUGGACUUUCUCAUGGUACCAAGGAAUGGCUGCAUUCCCCUUUGUCCCCAACAAUGAGGAGGAAGAGGAGGAGGAAGAGGAAGAGUUAAAUGGAACAGAGAAGUCUCAAGAUAAAAAAUUAAAGGAUGAAAACAAGCCAGAUCCAGAUGUGGCCCGAUAUGAUGUUGUAAAGGGACUUCUGAAGACACGGAUCCAGCACCGGCUGAGGUACAUCCUGGAGGUGGUACGACCUGUUCCAACAGUAGUCCUGGAUAUACUGCACAUCCUCACCCACAUAGCAAGGCACUCCUCUGAAGCAUGUAACCAGCUGCUUGACUGUCCUCGGUUGAUUGAGACCAUUGUCAGGGAAUUUCUCCCUACUCAAUGGGAUCCCCAAGUGGCUGAACCAGGGUGUUUACUGACCAGCCUCCAUGGAGUUGCUUGCGCCACUGCUAUGAAGUUCAUCAGGGUGUUGGCAUCUGGAGGCCGCAAUGCAACAGCCAGGCUGCUUAACAAAUUUGAAAUGAAAAGUCGGUUAAGUCGAUUUAUAGCUGAAGACCCGCUGGAUCUGCUCCUGCAAAGGGAAGAAGCCAUCAGGCUAAGCACCGAAGCCUUCCGGCUGUGGGCUGUGGCUGCUGGCUAUGGUCAGGCCUGUGACCUCUACAGGGAUCUCUACCCUGUGCUGGUGAGGAUACUGCAGUCCCUGCCUGAGUUGCUCAGCACUUGCUGUGGGAAGAGCCCUAUGAUUGAGUUGUCUGUCCAGCGAGCUACGGCAGUAGUUACUCUGCUGAUACAUGUGACACAAACAGCAGGCUACACAGCAGAGCUGCAGGCCAAGCUGAGCAGUAAUAGCUCAGAAGGUAGUGAACAGAUGCCACCUCCUCCAGUAGCAUGGAGUCAAGUGUCAGGCUUACAGCCCUUCCUUGAGACCAGUCUGAAAAAAUUCCUCCAGGAAAUAUCCCAGACAGAAACUUGGCAAACUCUCCAGCCUCUGACCACAACUUAUGUGAUCUACUUGGGAGUUUAUUACAGUGCUUGCAGCCAACAGCCAUCAGUCAAUCCAAUUGACUGCUUAGAGGAACUGGAACGUUUGACAUCUGAGGUGCUGCAGCCCCUUCUCAGCCAGCCAGCCAUACACAGCAUGUGGGACUUGCUCAGGCCAUGCUCUGCUUUGUGCAACCCUCUGUCCUGUUCCCCAGCACCGGAAUCUGUCUUCAGCAUUGCAUCUCUGAGUUGCACUGGAGGCAAACCUCCUUUGAGCCUGGUUGGCUCCAAGUCACCUUUCCCCUUCCUCACUGCCCUCCUAUUUCUCAUCAACAGCAUCACUCACAUCCACAAGGGCCUGACCAUCAAGUACAGCUCUGUGCUGGGCUUCAGAGGCUUGAAGGAUUAUCUGCAUCAAAGCUGGCAGAUCAGACCUCCCUCUGUAACUCCCUCAUCUGCGUGGAUCCUGCGCCAUGAAUAUCAUCUGCAGUACUUUGUGUUAGCGUUGGCUCGGAGAAUGGCAGGCACUUGUCCGGAUUACGCCCAGCAUGCCUCACUCCAUCACUGUGUUGCCAUGGCAUUGCUAAGCCGUCUGUUGCCAGGGAGUGAGCAUCUGGCUUACGAGGUCCUACUGGAUCUUGCCUUUAAUCCGGAGUUUCUUCCUGAAGGGAAAGCUGGAGGGCCAGAAGCAGCUGACUUCUCUGAUAUCCUGCAUCUGGGUACCAGUGCCAAACUGGCACAGCUUGGCUCUGCAGCAGCAUUUUUUUCAAAGGCUACCCGUGGUGCCCUGCUGAGAGAAUCGUACCAGAAUCUGCCUUUUAUCCGCUCCUGCUACCUUUCUCAUUUUGUCCACUUGCAGCCUACCUUUAUGCGUUCCCAAGCAUUCUACCAAGGACGGAAUUACCUCAUCCAGUCAAUGCUGCUUCCUGAGGUCAAAGGGCCCAUCCUGCCUUCAGACUGGCCGUUCUUUCCACUUAUCAGCCUCUACAAUAAAGUGACUAAUGCAGAGACACGUGGGGCUGUACUGAACUCUCUCCCACUUGAUCUCGUCAACACUGUGACUUGGAACCUGCAGUGGGUCUUGUUGCUAGAAACCUGGCGUGCUAAAACCCUUCAGAGCAUCCCUACUGCUGCCAAACUUGCACGGCUUAUGUGUGUCUUCCUCACAGGCAGUGACCUCUUUCUAGAAGCACCAAUCCACCGCUACACAGCUGCCCUUCUUUCUGUGUAUUGCCAACCCAAGGCAUUGGACUCCCUGAACUUGGAUGCUCCUCUCCCUGGUUUGGCAUCCUUCCACGAUCUCUAUAUAAGUCUCCUGGAGCAGUUUGAAGGUGUCUCCUUUGGAGAUCCACUCUUUGGAGUCUUUGUUCUUCUACCUCUACAGAAGCGUUUCAGCGUUCAUCUGCGUCUCUCUGUUUUUGGGGAGCACACAAGUAUCCUACAGGCACUGGGAGUGCCACUCCAGCAGUUUCCUGUGCCUCUCGAGCGAUACACUUCCCCUCCUGAGGAUAACCUGAACCUCCUGCGGAUGUACUUCCGAACGCUGGUCACUGGUGCGCUGCGCCACACCUGGUGCCCUGUUCUCUAUGUGGUGGCCGUGGCUCAUGUGAACAGCUUUAUUUUCUCCCAAGACAGCACGACACAGGAGAUUGAUGCUGCUCGGAAAAGCAUGCUGCGGAAGACGUGGCUGUUGGUGGAUGAGACCUUGAAAAAGCACCUACUCUACUACAGACUGCUGAAUGCAGAGAGCCCUUUGGGAUUUGAUCUUUAUGAGCAGCUCCCUCCCGUGCGACUGAAGUACCUGCAGAUGGUGACCAAAGAAAAUAAGGAGAAUGCACUAGUGCUAGUCUCAUAGCAAAACAAUUGUGCAAGAAGAGGGCCAAGGUGAAGAAUAGAAGAGCUCAGUUUACGCUUCACUGAUGAACCUAUGUGCAUUUCAGACAGUUUGAGUGUCUUACCUGGAUGCUCUUGGCAUCUUUGCAAAGUGAAGCACUAGUAGAAUGCUCCCAGCCCUGUAGAACAAUACACAUCUUCUCAAGAUAUGACAGUAUGUGUGUGGCCUUCCAUGAUGAAUGCUGGAGCAUUUUCCUCAAUUCUGUUUCAGGUUGUUCUGCUUCUCCCUGGAGAAGGUGAGAACUUGUCUGAAAGGCGCUGGACUGUUGAAUAAACAGAAGGAAGUGGAAAAGCUAUUUCAUUCAGUCAGGCCGGAGACUGUGGGUUCUCAAGAUGAUGUCUGUCUCCCCCAGAUCUUUCCUUUGCUUUUUUUGGACCCUGAAUUUUGAAUGGUCCUUUCCCCACACCAUCUCCUGCAAACAAAAUUACAAUGCAACAGGGAAGAAGCUGAUCCUGAGAGCUUCUUUUUUUUUUAAAUAUAUAUACAAGCAGUUUCUCCAGGGCAGUGUUCUGUGACAGUCACGCAGACAUAUUGUGUCAGACCUCGAAGAAAUAAUAGUUCCUAGUGCAGUGGUAUAAACACUGGAUGUCCUCCCUUGGCUGUCUUUUGGACAGUCUCUAAACUACUUUCUUUCUCCCUUAAUUUGGUUACAUGUAUAACAAGAUAAAUAAUUUCUUUGCAGGGCAGGAUGCUUGGCAGUAACCAUUCCCCAUUAGAGGGGAAAAGAAGUAUCUGCUUGUUUAGCUAGGAUAAGUAUUGGUUGCCCUCUGAGAAGAGGGGAAUGUAGUUUAAAUUUUUUAAAGUGGAGUUCCUAAGCUUAAACCUGAUUUUAAAAAUUCCUAAUUUGAUCCCACUUCUACAUCCAAAUUCUGUAUUGCAGCCUCAGACACAAGAGCUACAAGUACAGUGUCCUAAAAGGCUCAUCACAAGUGCCAGGUCAAGUCCAGAAUUUACCCUAGGUGUAAUCUCACUGGAUGUUUCGUUUAUAUCCAAUAAUUUUUGCAGAACUACAGUCACUCUGGCAGGCUUUUGUUUGGAGAACUUUUAUGAGCAAAACUUGUUAAAGUUAUUUCUUUUGUUUUGUUCUUAGGAAUAAAUUCCUGUGGAAGGUGCAAGGGUGAUGCCUAGCCUGAAGACCUAAGCUUCUCUCUUUACCUAUCAAACAGGCCAAGCUAGCUUCCCUCCAAAGAAACCAUGCCUAUAUUAAUGUUGCUCCAGUGAGUGUCCUAAUAAGAGUGUGAAACACUGUUAAUAGCCCAGCUUGUAACUGUUGAAAUUGUUCCAGGCAAGAAACAAAUUCAAGCUAGCAGCUUUAUAGCUGUGGUGCUGUCUUUGCAUUAGCAGUUUUCUAAGUGUACCAGUCCCCCUUAGGUCACCAGAAAAUAUACUGUUUCAUCUUUUCCCCUCUUAUUUCAGAUAGGACAUGGGCAGAACUGAUGUUUCAUUUUAAACUCUCUCUUCCCUUCCCCCCCCCGCUUUUUUUCCUUCUAUUGCAGCUUUUGAUCUGUGGUUUUUCUCUGCUGCAGAUCAAUGGCGCAUAAAGUAACAAAAGCACAGUGGUCAACAUAGGGGUUUUUGUUGUUAAUUAUUUUAAAAGUACUUGAUGUCAUUAAAAGUUUAAUCAAAGGCAUUCAAGUUUCUAUUCUGUCUAGACGGUGAGAGCCCAGCAGUUGUCUUUCCAGAGCAAUGGAUGGUAAAAUUUAAGGACUCCUAGCUGCCCGUUUAAGAGCAGCCUUCAUCAAGGACUUUGCCUUUUGCUUUUCAGACCUCCAGUUAUAAAAACUCUUCCAGUCUUUUCUGCGAUGCCGAGUUUUGUAAUGUGUACAGGGUGUAAAUAAAUAUUUUGAUAGCUCUGCAGGUUGUUUUGG